CGAUUCAAAAAGGGCAUUUACCUUAUUACAGAAUUAUUAUUUUGUUAGAAGAAGAUACAGUCACGUGUUUAGUAAUUUUGUACCCUCGAGUGUACGCGAUAUUCUUCAGUCUGGUGUGUUUGAAGUCUUGUCACAGUGCGAUCAAUUAGGGAGGAAGAUCUUCGUUGGUAGAGUUAGUCGUUGGGAAGUUUAUAAACACAAUGUCAUCGAUCUAUUACGAGCCAACUUAAUGAUUUUGGAAACACUACUGGAAGAAGUGGAGGUACAGCAGAAUGGUAUUGUCAUCAUUUACGAUUGUAGAGGGUUUACGUGGCGUCACGCUAUACAAUUCACCCCCAGAGUGAUAUAUUUAAUUACAAAAUUGUUAGAGAGUACUUUCCCUGUUCGUUACAAAGAAAUGCACAUAGUUUACAUGCAUGCUCUGGCAAAAAAUGUGGUAUCAUUCAUAAAACCAUUAAUGACUAAAAAAAUGAAAAAGAGGGUGCAUCUUCACGACAAUUGCAUGCAACAGUUGCAUAGUUUUCUAUCGAAAAAUUGCCUACCCGAGGAAUACGGCGGAGAAUUGAAAAACCAAGAUUUUAGGAUAUUUUUAGAAAAAGUUUUAAAUUUAGAAGAAGAAUUCGGCUACCAUCAAAAAUACUGGACCGAGAAUUAAUUUCGGAUUUUUUAAAUGUUUAUUUUGUAUUUAUAAUAAAGUGAUUUAGAUUUUUAAAUUGAUUUUCUUUAUGAUAUCCAACAUAAAUUAUGAAUUCUUCUUAAGAGAUGGAGCCAGAAAUGCUUAAGAUGCAACUACGUACGACCUCCCACAUUCAAUAUUUAUAAAGAGAAAUCUAAAAAUACAGACACUCUAUGGUGUUUUUUUUUUACUGUUUCACUUCAGCUGUUUACUAGAAUGCUUCUCGGUUGAUACUGAUACGUGUUUAUCUAAACAGGAACGUGAGAAAUCAGCGUGUUAAUUGUGUUUCUUUAUUAAAUUAACCCUAAUUAAACAUAAUUAACUGAUAUUGAUCCGAACAUGAUUUUCAUGACGAGGUGUUGCUGCUUCUUCGAUACCAGAAUUGGGAGCAUAGCGUGUGGAGUGUAUACAUUAGCGACAAGAAUUUUUGGAAUCGUUACGUGCGUUGCUGCUUUAAUAUCUCCAAAAUUACAAAAGACCGUAUCAAUGUACCACAAUGGGAAUUUAUCAGACCUGAAGUCCAUCUACGUUAGCAUAUUGAUUAAUAAUUUUAUAGCAAUUUGUUUCAGUAUUCUUCUGGUGUAUGGAACGAGAAAAAAUUACAAGUUGGCAUUGAUUCCGUGGGUGGUGUGGAUGAUUAUAGAGUUAAUCGUGCAUGUCGUUUACGUGGGAGUGUUAAUUGUCUUCUCGAUUUCUAAUGCAAAGAUUGUUGGAUUGAUAAUAGGGAUAGUGUGUCUGAUAUCGUUAUUUAUAUGUUUACAGGUAUAUUUUAUACUGUGUGUGAUAUCUUAUUAUGAAUAUUUGAAAGAAAACGACGAUAAACCAAUCGAAUUGUCAUGAAAUCCUGGAAGAAGAUGCAAGGUAAUCAAUGAGAAGACA